AUGUUGUCUCAUUUUAAUUUGGUGAACAACGCCAACUUGAUCGGCCGUAUGUUUGGACUCCAUGAGCAAAACGAUUCGAUCUGCCUCACCGUUCCCCUGGUCCACUGCUACGGAUGUGUGGGAGGUUCGCUGACAGCAGCCAUGUUCGGGGCCACCCUUGUGAUGCCGUCACCAAGCUUCAAAGCAAAGGCCGCUCUUGAGGCAAUCGCAGAGCAACGGUGCACGUUUAUCUAUGGAACGCCCACAAUGUACAUAGACAUGAUUAAGGAGCAACAAGAAGGGAAGUACGACGUUUCGUCUGUUCGGAAAGGUAUCAUGGGUGGAGCUUCAUGUCCUCAAGAAGUGGUGAAUAACGCAAUGACAACAUUCAACAUGCAACAGUUCCAAACAACCACGUCACCUCGAGCCACCGUCACCCCCUCCGGUCAACUUAGAAUUGACUGGAUCCUGAACAAGCUGUCUUCACUGCAAUCGUCGUCAUCAUCUGAGUUGCUGAGCAUUGGCUCCAUCCCGUGCAACGUCAAGCUACCAGUGCUGGAGUUGGAGAACGGGGUGAUAAAAGUAUGUUUACCGAAGCCAUUCGCCGAACUGACCAAGAAAGACAUCAUAGCCUUCUUGCACAUCAAGGUGAAGAUCGUCGAUUCGCAAGGCAGGAUUGUCCCCGUCAACCAGAGCGGGGAGCUGUGCGCUCGAGGCUACCUCGUGUUCAAGGGAUAUCUGAAGCAGGACGACAAGACGAGGGAGGUCGUGCGCGACAACUGGUACCACACCGGGUGA